AUUUAGCUACUGCUCAAAAAACGGUUAGUUUUAGUUAAUAUAGACCGACAAUGAUUGCUGUCAGAAAAUAUUUUUAUAAAUUUUCAUUUUACGUUACGUUAACAUUAAUCUUUUUCCGGGUAUUCGAUGUUGAUUGUGUUACAAUUGGUGAUCCUUAUCACAAGGAAUUAUUUGAUGCGAUCGAACAAAAAGAAAGAAUUUUAUUUUAUGAAAAUCGUUUAACUCCCGAGAACGAGCGAAGCACAGAGUUUUGGUUAGAGGAAGCUCAACGAUAUGUAAAGAAACGCGCAACCGGAUCUUUUAAUUCGCAGAAAGCGAAAAAUAUUAUAUUGUUUCUGGGUGAUGGUAUGUCCAUAUCAACCAUAACAGCGGCCCGUAUAUUAAAAGGUCAAAGGCAAGGAUGCACGGGAGAGGAAAGUAUACUAACGUUUGAUAAAUUUCCUUUCACGGGUUUGGUUAAGACUUACUGCACUAAUGGCCAGACUCCCGAUUCAGCCUGCACAGCCACAGCAUAUUUAUGCGGAAUAAAAACUAAUGUGAUGAUGUUAGGUGUUAAUGCUAAUGUACAGAAUAACAAUUGUUCAGAUAGUAUGAAUAGAGAGCAUCAAAUAGAUUCAAUUGUUCAAUGGGCUCAAAAAGCAGGCAAAUCUACGGGUUUGGUAACGACGACCACGAUCACGAAUGCCAGUCCCUCGGCCGGUUAUGCUCAUGUUGCAAACAGGCUUUGGGAGUGCGACAAUGAUAUUAUUAAUACCAAAGCUAUUAUAGGACCCGGGGAAGAAUGCAAGGAUAUAGCCCAACAAUUGAUAACAAGUGAGCCCGGCAAAAAUCUUAAUGUUAUUCUGGGAGGGGGUAUGGGUAAAUUUCUGCCCAAACAUAAAGUAGAUGCAUUUGGAGCGAAAGGUGAACGUAGAGACGGUUUAGACUUAAUAGAUCACUGGCACUCAAAUUAUCCUCAAGGAAUUUUCGUUACAAAUCUUGAAGAAUUGGAACAAGUGGAUUUUAAUGAAACUAAACAAUUGUUGGGACUUUUUCACAGCUCCCAUUUGGAAUACUAUCGCAAAGCGAAAGUAGAGAGACCCAAGCAGCCCAGACUUAAGGAUAUGACUAAGGCUGCCAUAAAAAUGUUGGAGAAGAAUUCCGAGGGAUAUUUUUUGUUCGUCGAAGGUGGUCGCAUAGACCAUGGCCAUCAUGAAACUAGAGCCGCUUACGCUUUGGAUGAGACGCUAGAAUUGGAUGAAGCCAUUCAAACCGCUCUGGAUUUGACUGACGACCGUGAAACACUUAUGGUAGUUACAUCCGAUCAUUCGCAUACCAUGACAAUAUCCGGUUAUCAAAGUCGUGGUAAUCCGAUUUUGGGUUUAAAUGAACGCGAUUUAGAUUUGGACGGUACACCUUACAGCGUGCUGAAUUAUGCUAUUGGCCCCCAACAAUAUAUGGAUAGUAAUGGAAAACGUUUAGAUCUUACAAAUUUCAUUAGCGAUAAUAUGAUCUUUCCUAGUUAUAUAAAAGCGCUAAUGGGUACUCAUGCUGGCGAGGAUGUGGCUAUAUUUGCCCGUGGUCCACAAGCUGAUUUGUUUUCGGGCACUCUGCAACAGAAUGUUAUCCCGCAUCUUAUGGCUUACGCAGCCUGUAUUGGAAAUGGCUUACAUUUAUGUAAGCAAGAGGAUGCGUAAAAUUAUAAUAAUAAUAAAAAAAAAAAAAAACU